CCGCGCUCUAGGAAUCUUCGUCGGUCCGCUUAUCGCGCUCCCGUCCGUUCGGAAGCGGAAGAUCGAUUUCAGGCGACCCUACCACCGCGAUCAACAACGAUCGGACCAAUUCUCGAGCUCACCUUAUUCGUCGAUGAAUCGUAGCAGGGUGACAUCUGUACGGUUCCACGGGAAACGUCACCGUCCAUGACCUGACGGUUAAGUGGUGACCUGAACAAUUGCGUUCUAACCUCGAAGGGUGACAGAAGCUUGUUUCGUGGUAGGAUUUAUUUGGGAAUAAAUAUUUCGCGAUGGAGAAUGGGACGAGUUCCGGCGAGAAAUCGUUCGCCGAGAAGCAUGCGGAGAGGAUGAAGCGAUUGAGGGAUCUACAUGCGAAGAGGAAUGAAGCUAGACAACAGAAUCAUAAAGAGGUUGUUGAAGAGGAUAAGAGAAACAAGCUGCCUUCUAAUUGGGAAUCCCGCAAGCGACAAGCAGAAUGGAUUGUGCAAGAUGAAGCUGCGAGGAAGGAGGCACAAGAGAAGGGAGAGGACUAUGAAAGAACGAAAUUAUUGCACAUUGAUGCAACAGAGGCAGAGCGGAUAGCAAGGAAGAAGAGGAACAAAAAGAAUCCGGAUCCAGGCUUUUCAGAUUAUGAGCAAGCAGCUAUACGUCAAUAUAAUAGGCUAGUGAAGAAUAUCAAACCAAAUAUGGAGUCAUACGAUGAAGCCAAGGACAAGUUAGGAACAGCUUUCUAUGGGGAUAGAAACACUAUAUUGCAUGGUCUUCAUGAGGAUAAGAAGGAGGCUGUAGAUAAGAUGGUGGAAGACUUGGAAAAACAAAUUGCAAAGAGGGAUAAGUAUAGCAGAAGGAGAAUGCACAACGAUGAUGCGGACAUUGAUUAUAUUAAUGAACGCAAUGCCAAGUUCAACCAGAAACUGGAGAGGUUCUAUGGAGAAUAUACUCGAGAGACUAAGCUGAAUUUGGAAAGGGGUACAGCCAUAUAAUAGGAGAACUUCACACUAAUGGACUUACUACAAAUACCUUGUAUUUUAAAUAAUAUUUCAAAACUCAUACAAAUAGGAGUUAGACUACUGUUAAGUCGUUUACCGUUUAAUAACGGAAAGUGCAGAUGCGUUCUCCCAAUCUUAAUCCCGUAUUAUGUAUCAAGAAAGUUAAAUUAUGUAUAUACAUAUACAUAUAUAUGUAUAGAUGUAUAUAUGUAUAUAUAUGUACAUAUAUCAAAUGAUAUAUUAAUUUCACAUGAUGUACGUUGUCGUAA